AUGGCCUUCCUGGUUGAUAGGUGUGGAGAGAUGAUAGUCUCUGCAGAGUCUCAUAAGUCAGCUCCUGCUCCAUUUCUCACCAAAACCUUCCAACUUGUUGAUGAUCCUUCUACAGAUCACAUUGUUUCAUGGGGAGAAGAUGCCUCUACCUUUAUAGUGUGGAGACCUCCAGAAUUUUCAAGAGAUCUCUUGCCCAACUACUUCAAGCACAAUAACUUCUCCAGCUUUGUGAGGCAGCUCAAUACUUAUGGUUUCAGGAAAAUAGUUGCAGAUAGGUGGGAGUUUGCUAAUGAGUUCUUCAGGAAAGGAGAGAAGCAUUUACUCUCUGAGAUUCACAGAAGAAAGACUCCUCAGAUCCCUCAACAGUAUCACCAUCAUCAGCAAUACAUUAACUCACCAACAACAUUUCACUGUCAGGAAGAAAUGAGCAGUUGGAUUGAACCCCCAUUGCCUCAACCAGAUAAUGAAUCUAAUCCUUUCAUUUCUGCUCUUUCUGAGGAUAACGAGAGGCUGAGGAGGAAUAACUCUUAUCUAUUAUCAGAGCUCACUCAUAUGAAGAAGCUCUACAAUGACAUUAUCUACUUCGUUCAAAAUCAUGUAAGUCCAAUGCCCACAGACCAAAGGCUGGGAAGCCAAAAGCCGUGCAGGCUUAUAGAGAUUGAUCCUUGUGAUCAACAAGAAACCUCUGAAUCAGAGCUACAUCUCUGUGAAAACUAUGGAUCUAUUGAGGGCGGCUCAUUGAAACAGAAUGAAGAUUUUAAUGGCACAGUCAAGCUUUUUGGAGUUCCUCUUCAUGGCAAAAAGAGAUUGCACUCAGAAACUGUUGGCUGCAAAGAUUAG